UGGAGAUUUUAAUUUUUUUUUACCAUCAAAAUGUUUCUAAGGUUUGAACCAACAAAGUCAACAAAGGGCGCCAGUAAGAUGCGUCGUGACCUCAUCAAUGCAGAGAUCUCCAACCUGCGGGAUCUUCUCCCGCUACCGCCAUCUACCAGACAGAGGCUCUCACAGCUGCAACUCAUGGCACUCGUCUGUGUGUAUGUUAGAAAGAUGAACUAUUUCCAACAAGUGUUCAAAAGUCACGACUUCAGCUAUCAGUAUCAAGAACAACCGACUCCCACACCUAAUAUUGGAUUUUCUAAGGCAAUGAACGGUUUUAUGAUGAUGAUGACACAGAACGGAAAAUUGUUGUACAUAUCGGAAAACGCGGCGGAGUAUUUGGGGCAUUCAAUGGAGGACCUACUAAUACAUGGAGAUAGUGUAUAUGAUAUUAUAGACAGACAAGACCACCAAACAGUUCAAAUGGAACUCAACAGAGGCAACGGGGAGACUGAAAAUUUACCAAAGAAUAGACAUUUCUUCUGUAGAAUGAAUGUUUCGAGAAAUGCAAGAAGACAAAUGAGAUUUGGCGACCAAAAAGUAGUCCUUGUCCGCGGUCACUACGUGUCGUACCUACCGCUGUGCAGCCGCAACGAGCCGGUGUUCCUGGCCGUGUGCACGCCGCUCGCCAUGCCCGAGACGCGCGAGUGCGUCGUGCACGGCGCCACCAACGUCUUCACCACCGUGCACGCCAUGGACAUGAAGAUACUACACAUUGAUGCCAACGGUGAAUGGUACUUAGGUUGGAAGAAAUCGGAGUUAGCAGACGUGUCGUGGUACCAACUCAUCCACUGGGACAGCUUACGGGAGGCACAGAGCAAACAUAGACUAGUAACACAAUCGGAACAAGACAAAUGUUGCAUAUUACUGGUGAAGUUACAGCAACGUAGUGGACAGUUCCUUUGGGUACAUAUGGUGUUGCAAGUGAAAGACGCAACGGAUACACCGAGACAGUUUAUUGUUGCAACCAAUCAGAUUUUAAGUGAAGAAGAAGCAACUAUAAUGCUGGCCAACUCCUGGCUGUACCAAUACUAUGGUUACCAGAACCAGCCCUGUGGCAUGCUGGACCCUCGCUGUCAAAAGUUCUUCAGAAGAGACCAGUGUUACCAAGAAUAUCAGGAGUAUCCUUACGUGGAGAGCCAAGAGAUGGAGUAUGCUGGUUACCACGUAUCUUCCUAUGUGCAGCCAAAAGUCGAUGAAUAUAAUGGAUGUGACCGAGUGUACUCGGAAAGGGGACCUGUUGAUUAUUCUACGCAUUCGCCGCAGUCCACUAUUAGUGAAGAGAGAUCACCUCAUCACUACGAUCCACCACCAGAUAUCAUAGUGAACAGCAAUAUGUACAUGUACCCACACCACGGUAAGAGGGAGUAUUAUGAGCAGUAUCCCAGGGUCAACUACCAUAUACAGGAGCCCUGUUCCAGUACUGUCAUUGAAGGUAUGGAAUACCCAAGUCCGAAGCGUAUGCGGUUAGCCCCACCUCCCCUAACCCUGGAAGAAACUGAUGGCAUGGACAGAUGGAACCCUAGUCCACCCUGGUCAGAUACCACGCUCAAAAUUCCCGACUACAGCCAGCGGUUUACCUACAACCACAUGGUACCAAUGCCUCCCGAAAGAGCUAUGGUCACCUAAUAUACAAUCAUAUUUUUUAAUUAAUUUAAUUAAAAUAAGUACAACAGCAUAAU